CCUUGCUUAUGUUUUAUUCAUAUUUUACCAGUUGUUUUUUUUGGCAUAUAAAACACAUUUUGCUUGCAGCAAUCUGUUUCACUCCGCAUCCGCCCGCAGCUGCUGCAGACAAAACCCUAGUGAGCAGAGCGUGAAAGCACCGGCCACCGGCCAUGACAUUCAAGCGCAGGAAUGGAGGUCGCAACAAACACGGCCGUGGCCACGUCAAAUUCAUCCGAUGCUCCAACUGUGGCAAAUGCUGCCCCAAGGACAAGGCCAUCAAGAGGUUUCUUGUGAGGAACAUUGUUGAACAGGCUGCAGUCAGAGAUGUGCAGGAAGCCUGUGUCUAUGAACAGUACACGCUUCCGAAACUCUAUGUGAAGAUGCAGUACUGUGUUUCCUGUGCUAUCCACUCUCAUGUUGUGAGGGUUCGAUCCCGCACUGACAGGAGGAAGCGUGACCCUCCACAGCGAUUCAUCAGGCGCAGGGAUGAUGCACAAAGGCCCGGUCAGCCUGGUCAAGCACCUCGUCCUGCUGGCACAGCAGCACCUGUCCGAACCUAAAAACAAAUCCCAAGACAAAGCCUUGAUGUUAUGCUGACCAACCAUAUCCUAAGAACAAAUUUGUUGCUGCUUUAUUUUUGAACAUCAGUUUUGUGGAGGGGUAUUUUAUUCUGAUUAUCUACUAUAGUCGUUGGAUAGUAUCUUUCUGGUUAUAAUGGUGGCUAUUUUUGAAAGUGGAGCUUGAUAUCAUAGCUUUCAGCAAUUUGAAAAUGUAUCUCCUGAUUAAGUUUUUAUUGAAAUUAUCUUUUUUUUUUUUUAUUAUUUGAGAUCAUUAUAUUGUUCUGAUUA